AUGAGCCCGAAUAUUUCUAGGAGGACCAUCAACAUGCCAGAGGAAUGGGAGAAGCUGGUAGCAAAGCACAGCGUGAGUCUCAACACACAGAUUGAGAAAAUGAGUAACAUUCUGCACGAAAACCUUCAAGUAGGUACUUCGUCCACUGGGUCUGGUCUGGACAUGGGCAGUAGUGGAGCUGGAACUGGAAGAGGAUUCACCAACGGGAUAACAGGAUCCAGCACCACCAGCUCGGGCAUUGCAGGCAUUGUUACCGCAGGAACCACAAGAAAGUUCGAAAGACCGAAAUUGAACUUGCUCCAUUCCAACCAUCCCUAUCUCCCCGCUACAAAUCACAGAGCGGCAUCCACUACACUGCUUCUCAAUAGAUCACCUCCACCGCUAAAGUCAAAGCUCAGAAGAACAAAUUCAUUGAUUUCCCAGGGUGGUUCCUCGUCAUCAUCCGACAACCAGCAGCAAUCAUCGACCACUUCGUCAGAUAGGUUCAUUCCAUCUCGUCAUAAUUCCACUUCGGGGAAACUUCAAACUGACACCAUAAUCCCUCACCCCAAUGCAUCACCACAGGCACACAUAAAGGCACAGUCGUCGAAAAUCUACCAACACCAUGUAGCAGAAGCGUGUGGAUUAGAAGUUAACUCGAGAGUAUUACAAUAUCAGCCAUUACCACCCGAAAGAAAGAGACCUGUUAACCUUUUCAGAAAUAUAUCAAACGCAGACGGAGAAGUCAUCUCAGUCACGAAUGGCAGUGGAAAUUCAUCCAACGGUGUAAGCUCGAGGACCAUAUUAAACUCAGUUGCCAUGCUCAAACCAGCAGCUGCUAGUGCGAGGGCCAAAAAGAUCCCUACUGCUCCAGAAAGAGUGCUCGACGCUCCUGGUUUGGUAGAUGACUUCUAUCUCAAUUUGAUUGCAUGGUCUCUGACCAACCUUUUAGCUAUUGGAUUGGAAGAUGCUGUAUACGUAUGGAACGCCUCGACUGGUAGUGUAGGGUUACUCUGCGAAUUGCCUAAAGUUGCAACGCUGAUCAAAUGGUCCGACGAUGGUUCGUAUAUAUCUAUUGGCCGUGACGAUGGUUUAUUGGAGAUUUGGGACAUCGAGACCAACACCAAAUUGAGGACAUUAAAUUGUGGCCAUCAAACAAGAAUAGCAUCACAAGCAUGGCUGAAACACAUCUUGACUAGUGGAUCUAGACUAGGUAAAGUUUACCACUCAGACGUCAGAGUGCCCAAUCAUUACAUUUAUGAAAAUCUGAGUGCUCACCUGGCAGAGAUUUGUGGAAUCAGCUACAGAGGCGAUGGUCAGCAAUUCGUAACUGGUGGGAACGAUAAUUUGGUAUGCAUAUGGGAUGCCAGAAAGAGCCAUUCCACCAACGAUAAUUGUAGUCCUUUGUUCACCAAAACGAAUCAUAAGGCUGCUGUUAAAGCAUUAAGCUGGUGCCCAUUUCAACAAUCCCUUCUUGCUACUGGAGGUGGGUCUUCUGACAAGACAAUACAUUUUUGGAACACAAGCACUGGUGCCAGAGUCAGUACCAUAGAAACUGGAUCACAAAUACUGUCAUUAAACUGGGGUUAUGCAGCAGGCAUUGGAAUGGAAAUUGUUGCAACCCAUGGAUUUCCUACAAAUAACAUAUCCAUCUUCAACUAUCCUACAUUGCAAAAGACUGGGGAGAUAUUAAAUGCCCAUGAUUCAAGAAUAUUAGGUGGGUGUUUAAGUCCAGAUUCAUUGACAUUGGCCACCAUUGCGGGAGACGAGAAUUUAAAGUUUUGGUCUUUGUUUGACGCUUAUAAGGCUAAAAGAAGGGCUAAUGAAAAUGAAGAGACCAUGAGUAACGACGAGAAGAGAAUGAAAAAGAUGAUGAACAUAAGAUAG